UCUCUCUCUCUCUCUCUCUCUCUCUCUCUAACACACAAAUAGGUUAGGCGAAAACAGUCACACAAAGCGAGACCGGCAGAGAAGCGAGGAUAAAAAAAGGAAAACGAGGGGUGAAAUCUAACUUGUUUGCAGCUCCUGAAUGCUAAUUGGAUGUUUGGACAGCCGACAACGACAAAGUCAGAGCAAGCCUCCGUGUCAACCCCCACCGCUUCUUGCCACAGGGAAGGCUACACUCGCCACACACACGCGGGAUGAAAAGCAGCAGUUAGGCCGCACACCAUUACUUCUUGGUGGCCAAGCACCGACAAAAGGCUCGCAAAGGGAGAAGCCUGGAGAGCGAGAGCCGCUGAGGAUUCUGGGAAAGAAGCAGCACGGAUGCGAUCGUCAGCUGCGUCUCACAGCGAAGACAGCACUUCCUUGUGUUGACCACACACACACACACACACUCACACACACACACACACACCACCUUGUGUGCUUUUUAGAGGUCAACUCUGACAGUCUUUUUGGAGCGAAGGAAGACCACAACUACACGAGAAAGUGAUAUUGACGUCAAGUCGCGACGUGGAAUAGGUUCACUUGUGGGAGUCACUAUGGUGCCGCUUAAAGGAUUACAGCAGAGUAGGAAAGCCGUGCUUGCUCUUCACAUGGACGGAAGGACGAGGGUUUAAAGCUACGAUCACUCGGAGUCUCUCCAUUGUUUUCGGCGAGAGGAACCUUAGCUGGUCUCGAUCUGGAUUCAAUAACAAGGACCAGGACCAACCAGCGGGUCUGACAAGCGGAAAAGACACAUAUAAAGACCUAUUUUAUACACUCGGAGGCAGCGCAAAGCUUACAAGUCGCACGGCUUCGACUGUUUCCAGGUCAUAGAGCAAGUGGGAGGAGACUGCUCUUGUUUUUUCCUGCCAAACUCCCUCCGCUGUGCUAUUUUCCUCAUUACCAUCUGCUAGCUAAGCUUGUGUACAUUUUUCGUGGCUUUUUAAAGCUUCCUAUGCGUCAAAAAUCGCACGAGAGCUUCCACGAUGCCGGGUUGCUGAUAUCCAUGUUACCUUGACGGCGAGCACAAAUCUCGGCUGCCCGUGGCGUGCUCUUCCUCGGCGGUUCGGUAACCAAGCGAUGGCCAUGGUGAGUGGGGGCUGGGGCGAUCCCAAUGGCGGCACCAACGGGCUGGGGGACAAGAGCUACCUGAAGAGGGAGGAUGACGACGGCUCUCCCCAGGCGGGCGGGAGCGACAUGGAGGCAGGAGAGGACGACAAGGCCUGCGUGUUGGACUGCGUGGUGUGCGGGGACAAGUCCAGUGGGAAACAUUACGGCGUGUUCACCUGCGAAGGAUGUAAAAGCUUCUUUAAGCGGAGCGUCCGCCGGAACCUCAGCUACACGUGCAGGUCUAACAGGGAGUGUCAGAUUGACCAGCACCACCGCAACCAAUGCCAAUACUGUCGCCUCAAGAAGUGUUUCCGUGUCGGCAUGCGCAAAGAAGCAGUUCAACGCGGUCGCAUCCCACCCCAGCCUAGCCUCAGCCCGACCCUUACGCCUCUAGGUGGUGCCAGCGGCUUGGGAGGCGGAGAAUUCUACAACAACAACAACAACAACGGGGGCGGCGGGGGCCAGCCUGUGUCGGAGCUCAUCUCCCAGCUGCUCAGAGCCGAGCCGUACCCCAACAGCCGCUACGGGCACCAGUACAACCAGCAGGCGGGUCCUGAUAACGCCAUGGGCAUUGAUAACAUUUGCGAGUUGGCUGCACGGCUGCUCUUCAGCACGGUGGAGUGGGCACGGAACAUCCCUUAUUUCCCUGAGCUGCCUGUAUCCGAUCAGGUGGCGCUGCUGAGGUUGAGCUGGAGCGAACUGUUUAUCCUCAACGCGGCCCAGUCGGCCUUGCCGCUCCACAUGGCGCCCUUGCUGGCGGCGGCGGGCUUCCACUCCUCGCCCAUGUCGGCAGAGCGUGUGGUAUCUUUCAUGGACCAAGUGAGGGUGUUCCAGGACCAGGUGGACAAGCUGACCCGGCUUCAGGUGGACUCUGCAGAGUACAGCUGUCUCAAGGCCAUCGCACUGUUCUCACCAGAUGCCUGUGGUCUGACUGAUCCAGUCCACGUGGAGUCCCUGCAGGAGAAGGCUCAGGUGGCUCUGACAGAGUACGAGAGGAUGCAGUACCCGAGUCAGCCUCAGCGCUUCGGCCGCCUCCUCUUGCGUCUGCCCGCUCUGCGUGCCGUGCCCGCCAGCCUCAUCUCCCAGCUCUUCUUCAUGCGCCUUGUGGGGAAGACCCCCAUCGAGACGCUGAUCCGAGACAUGCAGCUUUCCGGAAGCUCCAUCAGCUGGCCCUACGUGCCGGGCCAGUAGAACCUCCCUCAUGGAUGAGGUUUUCCAUCUGGGAUUCGUGACGACUAGGACCCACAGGAAACCUCCUGACUCAUUGCUGUCCAUAUGUGUGGUUCUCCAACUGAGGCGCCAGCCGGCUAUCGUAUGUACUGUCCUGCUCCCAUGAACAAGUCCUCUGAUUCCACACGGGCCUCCUGAGGAGAAACAUACUCAUUGCCAGCCCGCUGCGCUGCGCUGCCAACUCGGCGCCGUAUUUGGAGGACUGAGCGUCCCGUGAUUGACUUGCGAGAGCAUGACAACGCUCUGUCAUGGAUAUGCGUGGUACCGAUGGACUGAGCGCACGCUGCUCUGCAGGGUUUUCUUGUGGGAGAAAGACAACUUUGAAAAAUGAUUUCAAGUAAAAACCAAGGAAAAUGUCACCAAAGUUCAUCCUCAGAUUGAUGCACAAAAUGAAGAAGAGGACUGACUUGAACAUCAGAUGGUCAAUGAAGUCAUGCACAAGGCUCAUGGUCACUGUACUUGCCAAUAAUUAGAAGAGAACAGACUAAUACCUCACUAGACAUGAGAAUGCUUUAAUCUGAUAUUUCAAAACAUUGAAAGAAAAACCUCUGUAAAUGUUGCUCACCAGAAACCGCCUUCUUUUUGACAACUGCCUUGUUAUUGGGUAUACAUUUGAGACUCCACCUUUGUCGCUUCUUUUAAUGCACAUCCACAAAGUUGGGAUCGGGCUCUGGUUGAAAAUGAUCAAUAUAAACAUUUGACGACUGAGCGUCACUGGGAUGACAGUUUAUAACAAACACUAAAGAGUUUACAUUGAGCAAUGAUCCCUUUGACUUGUGUUGACGUGUGUGUAUGUGUAUAUAUACAUAUACAUAUAUAUAUCGGACAAUGUUGAUUUUCAUUUGCAUGGUUAGAUUCCGUUUUGGAUCUUUUCUACGUUGUUUCAUCCCGUUCAUGUAACUAAUGAUUCCUUUGAAUAUUAAAAGUGUUGCUUUCUCUGUUAA